AGGGAGUUAUAUGUACGAGUGAGGCCGAGCCAGGCGAGUGCUUUCGUCAUCGUGUGCAGGUUUUUUUCGAGUAAUGAAUUAUUGCAGUGGAGUGCUAAAAUUAUGUUAAAUUUGAAGUGAAAUAUAGUAUUGGUGAUGUUGACCUUAGGCUUAUUGUUAUUUCGCAAAAAAACUGUAAAAGAACAUACGUUUACUGUAGUAAUUCGUCAAAAAUCGAGAAAGCUUCAAACGUGUUUGAAGCUUUCGGUUUCGCAUUAAUGGAACUAUGAACCUGGACCCUUUAACGUUUAGCUUAUCACAAAUCAAUUAUCUCGUUGCAAAUUUAAGUAAGAAGAAUUUCAAGCAAACUAAUCAAGAGUUGUCCCAGAUUGUCAGUCUCUAUGGCUUGGAAGCAGAGAAUCAACUGCUGAGGUGUCUGCUUACUGAGGCGGCGAAGACAUCGUGGGACAACGACCGUCCAGGGACUGCGUUCAGUGUUCACGCGACUCUACUAGCGCAGCAUCUGGCGUCGCUUCUGAACCAUCCUGCAAAGUCUACUGUGGUCUGUCGGACUCUAGAUCAUCCAACACGAUCACUACAAAAGGUAUUAAAACCUGCCAACACACUUCUUACUCGACUCGCAAGAUUGCUGAAAUUGACUACGGCCCAAGAUGUUGCUUUCUCAUUGGUGUUGAGAAGAAAUUCAUCAAAGCCUGAGAUUGUUUCUCUUGCUAAAAACCAUUUGAAGAAACGGUUUUUAGACUUUGUUCAGUGUUAUCUUGACGCAGAACGCGGACAUCAAGUUGAGCGUGCAGGUCUUCAGGAAUGCAGCCCUGAAGUUUUGCAAACUCUCUUAACUAGCCUCGCUUACGACAAUUUUCGGCUAGCCGCAGUUACUAAGGACCUCUUUCUGAAACGUUUACGCAUUGACUUUCCACGUGAAGUAGUGCCUAUAGUGUUAGCGCCGCUACUUUACCCUGACGAUACACAAACACCGCUCGAGGAAAUGACCACAUCUGACGACAUGGCAGCAGCUAUGAUGGACAACUCUCUAGCGGAAAUAAUUCGAGAUAUUGGCUAUACAUUUACAGCUUCAGUAGAAGACUGCAAAAACAACAUGAUUAAUUUUGGAGCGCGGGAGCCAACGGCUAUCGACAUAGCUAGAAUAAUUUCAAUGAUGGUGAGAUACCAUGCAACACUACCAGAAGGCCCGCAAAUCCAAACACCUGGAAAUUAUUGGAUGAAUCACGAAGCGAAGAAAGAAGCAAUUGCGCAUGGACAUCCAGAGACAUGGAAUGCUGAAAUUUUUGUUCAAACAUUAAAAGAAUUAGCUUCUAAUUUAAACUGGAAAGAGGUCAUUUUACAACUAGACCAUCAAGAAUUUAUUGUUCCUGACCGACAAGGUUUAAGUUUACUCUUCACGAUUUUGCGAUUAGGUCUUCAAAGCGCAGGUUAUCCAGCUAAUAUAUUUCCAGUAGAAUAUCUAUGUCGAAGAUGGACAAAUCUAGAAGGUCAAAUGAGUUUGAUCACUAAUAUCCUCAAACAUCCAGACAUUUUUAGUUUUGCAGAUCAUCCAUUCCAUCCAGUUUCGAUUGAUCUAUUGAAAUCCCCGCCCGAAACUGAUAAUAAGGAAAUAUCGACAUGGCGCUGUCUUUACUUGGUGGAACUUUUACUAUAUGCAUCAGAACGCGGCUACUAUAUGCAAAUUCAUGAGUUAUUUAAGUUUCCUCUUCAACACUGUCCUGAUAUUUUAAUUCUUGCGUUAUUACAAAUAAAUCCACCAGUAACAGUAUUCAGACAGGAAUUAUUAACUAUGCUCAUUCCAAUUUUUCUUGGCAACCAUCCUAAUUCAGGUAUAAUUUUACAACACGCGUGGCAUUCACAAAAUCCUAAUAUAAAGCCAAUAAUUAUGCAUGCUAUGGCCGAUUGGUACAUACGCGGCGAAAGUGAUCAAUCAAAGCUAUCGAGAAUAUUGGAUGUCGCACAAGAUCUGAAGGCAUUGUCCUUGUUGUUGAAUGUCCAGUCAUUUCCGUUUGUCAUAGAUUUAGCAUGCUUGGCAUCUCGAAGAGAGUAUUUGAAAUUGGACAAAUGGCUCACAGAUAAAAUACGUGACCACGGUGAGACUUUCGUUUCAGCAAUGGUUAAGUUUCUUCAACGACGAUGCCCACAAGUACUCGGCAAAGUGCCAGACGAGCAAUUGCCUAAAGCCGCUCAGUUGCCCCCAGAAACUAUUGGCACAAUGUUGGCAUGCUUGCAAUUAUGUAUUCCUAAUGUACAGCAAGAGCUACAGGAAGCGAUUUAUAAUGUUAUAGCUAAUUGUCAGACAUUGAUUUUGAGCAAAGCAAGACCAGGUAUACCGGGCAUUGCCCGUCCGCAUACAAGGGUAUUAGAGACACCUUUUAAUCCUGCUGGUUUGGGUGGACAGCUGUUCACGCCCCACGUAGAUGCUAUUGCUAAUUUAACACCAAACGUCGCCAAUAUGACUUUGGGUGCACCAGCAAAUACUGCCUUUGCUAUGCCUGGUACACUAGGGCCAUUGGUUACAGCUCCAGCAUCGCCAUCGAGACUCAUGGGUGCAGGGCCAAACAGUCCCUUUGCGAUGAUGCAAAUGCAGCAUAACCCUAAUGUCGCUAAUAUGUCUGCUCUUGCUAGAAUGCCUCCUGUACCCGCAAUGGACAAACCGCGAUUACCGGAUCCUAUUCACUUCCCAGAUAUUAUGCAUAAUGUGUCCAAGGAAAUCGAAGAUGAAGCUAACAGCUACUUUCAAAGGAUAUACAACCAUCCUCCACACCCGACUCUGUCGAUCGACGAAGUAUUAGAAAUGUUAAAGAAGUUCCAAGACUCAUCAAAUAAAAGAGAACGCGAGGUGUUUUCUUGCAUGCUCCGAAACCUUUUCGAAGAAUACAAGUUUUUCCCACAAUAUCCAGACAAAGAGCUGCAUAUUACGGCGCAAUUAUUUGGUGGUAUAAUAGAAAAAGGUCUAGUUCCUAGCUACGUAUCGUUAGGGCUAGCCUUAAGAUUUGUCUUAGAUGCUUUACGUAAGCCGGAAGGUUCUAAAAUGUAUUACUUCGGUAUAGCGGCUCUGGAUAGAUUCAAAUCUCGUUUAAAGGACUAUCAUAAAUAUUGUGAACAUGUUAGAGCUAUACCUCAUUUUAGUGAAUUCCCUCCGCACUUAGUUGAAUACAUCGAAUAUGGCCUUCAGAGCCAAGAGCCACCUACUAAGCCGCAAGGAGCAGUGUUGCCAGCGAGUCUUGCCGCCAUGCUGAAUCAGAGCGCCGUUGUUACCGUAUCAGCACCAUACAGGGCAGUCGUUUGUGUACACAAUCCUAUAUCGGUUAUAUCGAAGGUUACAAAUUGUGCUGCCGGUGGCAUUGGCAGUCGACCGUCUAUAGCGAAUGCCACAAAUAUUGAUACACUGCUAACUGCUACGGACAGGGAUGAAAAAAUAAAUGCUCCGCCAGAAGCUAUACAAGAUAAGACUGCAUUUAUAUUCAACAAUCUCAGCCAGCUAAACCUGCAAACUAAAUGCGAAGAAUUGAAAGAAAUAAUAACAGAUGAAUAUUAUCAAUGGCUUUCUCAGUAUUUAGUAAUGAAGAGAGCUUCAAUCGAGCUAAAUUUUCACGCUCUAUAUUCCAAUUUUCUCGACGUUCUCAAAAUACGGGAAAUAAAUAAGAUGGUUACGAAAGAAACUUACCGAAAUAUUAGAGUAUUAUUGCGAUCUGAUAAAGGCAUAGCGAACUUCUCUGACCGAUCUUUGUUGAAAAAUCUCGGUCAUUGGUUAGGUAUGCUCACUUUAGCUCGCAACCAGCCUAUCCUUUAUGUAGAUCUUGAUCUUAAAGCACUGCUACUUGAAGCUUAUCACAAGGGCCAGCAGGAGCUUCUUUACGUCGUGCCGUUUGUUGCGAAGGUCUUGGAAUCCUGCGCCAAGAGCGUCGUAUUCAGACCGCCGAAUCCAUGGUCAAUGGCUCUAAUGAACGUAUUGGCCGAGUUACAUCAAGAACCCGAUUUGAAAUUGAAUUUAAAGUUUGAAAUAGAAGUGCUUUGCAAAAACUUAAGUUUGGAUAUAACCGAUUUAAAACCAUCUCUAUAUUUAAAGGAUCCCGAAAAAUUAAGGACUAUCGAAUUCCAACUUUCACAACCCAAACCCAAUAAAGAGCCAGCUAAUGUAAUUCCGGUUAACCAGGCUGUAGUUCAGGCUCCACAAAUACAAAUGAUGCCUCCUCAACCGCCAAUGAUUCCUAUUGAGGAUAUGUCCGGUACUGUUCCCACACCUACGAGUGGUAUGAUUCCCAAUGAUCCGAGCAUGAUGGGUGUUCUGGGAUUGCCGGAGCCUAGAUUUAACUAUCUUGACGUGAAUGUCUCAUCAACUUCGGCUUUCGGUCAGAAAAUAUGUUUCAAUCCGCAUAUAAUUCUAUUCCAAAACUAUCCUCAUUUGAAGCAGUUUGUGAAACCUGCCAUCGAGAGGUCGAUUCAGGAAUGGAUUCAUCCAGUCGUCGAUCGGUCUAUCAAGUAUGCCUUGACGACUUGCGAGCAGAUUAUAAGGAAGGACUUUGCUUUUGACCCUGACGAAGUGCGAAUGCGGACGUGCGCGCAUCACAUGAUGCGGAAUCUUACCGCCGGAAUGGCUAUGAUCACUUGCCGCGAACAGAUCAUCAGCACGAUAAGCACUAACUUGAAAGCUGCUUUUAUCACUGCCCUGAUACCAACUACUCCUCAACAGAAGGAUAUUAUAGAAAGUGCAGCAGCAGUUCUUGCUACAGAAAAUAUGGAGCUCGCUUGCGCUUUCAUUCAAAAGACGGCCGUCGAAAAGGCAUUACCUGAACUCGAUAAGAGGCUAAUGAACGACUACGAAAUGAGAAAAAUCGCCCGGCAAGAAGGGCGCAGAUACUACGACCCGAUGGUAUUGACUUACCAAACUGAACGCAUACCCGAAAGGGUGCGACUGCGUGUCGGUGGUCCUACAGACCUGCAGAUUUCAGUUUAUGAAGAGUUUGCGUGUAACAUCCCUGGGUUUAUGCCCGUUCGCGAUGCGGGAAUGUUUAUUCCUAAGCCAUCAGCGCAGGAACAAAUACCGCAGAUGACAUUCAGCCAAGUAAUGAAUCCGACACAAGUGUACGGUACCGAUGAAAUGGGCACUCUUAUAACAACAGCAGAAUUGUUCCUGUCCAAUGCGCUAACGGUGCCAUUAUUCGCGGUCCAGGCGACCAACACUCACACUCUGCUGGAGUGUCUUAUCAUAGCGAGACGUAACCGGGACAUCGUAUCUGGCUACACUCUGUUGCAACGAGCUGUUGAAGGUCUUCUGGAUGGCCAUAUUGUCCAGCCUGGGACAAACCCUGAGCAUGCGGAGAUGAUGACACGCUAUCGUGACAUUCACUUACGAGUCCUGAAACUGUUGGAAGAUGCUAGGGUUUAUGGUCAUGCUUGGACCACCAAACAAAUAACGUACUGCGUCACCGAAUGUCGGGACGAGCUUCGUUAUAAUCUGGAAGCGAUAGAUUGUCUUGUCAGGAAUCAUCUGAUCAAUUUGCCACAGUACGAUCUUGCACUCGCACAUCUUAUGGACAACGGGAAUAACUACUUGGCUGUGGCAUUUGCGAUGCAACUGGUACAGCUCUACCUCGUUGACGAUAGGAAUAAUUUGUACGCCACUGAAUCUGACUUGUAUCACACUACGGAGACUCUCGUUCGGAUGAUGUCUCACUCGAGACAGCCGCCGCCAGAAGGCCUAGCGACCCUGAUCGAAACGAUAAGAAUAAACCAGGAUCCUAGCACGUAUCUUGGUGAACGUUCUCCAUUGGGACCAACUGCCCAUAUUCACAAUGGAAUCCUGCAAGUACGAGCCCGAGAUUACGAAGAUCCACCCGGUCUCCAAGAGAAGACUGAAAAUCUCCUUCGUGAAUGGAGGAACGUGCUCCUGAGCCCGCUCACAGAAAUCGAGAUCGGACAGAACUUCAACAUUUACGUUCACCGAAUGAACAUGAACGGAAUACUCAAGUCAGAUGACAUGAUUACUCGCUUCUUCCGUAUCGCAACACAGAUGUGCAUCGAGAAUGUGUACCAGUUGCUCACAGAGGACAGGAUGAACCCACCACCAGUGCCUCCCAAGAGGGAGAAGUACUACGCGAUAUGCGACUCUUUCAUCAAGCUCGUAUCACUUUUGAUCAAGAAUACGGCGGAUGGUGGCAACCCUACACCAAAACUGAAUUUGCUUAAUAAGAUCCUGGGAAUCAUCGCUGGGUGUCUACUCCAGGACCAUGAAGAACAUGGCGCCAACUUCCAGCAGCUUCCUUACCACCGUCUAUUGCUCAUACUGUUCCUUGACAUGAACAUGGCCGAGCCAGUCUUAGAAUCUAUGAACUAUCAGGUUCUAACAGCAUUCUGCCACACGCUCCGCAUAAUCCGUCCGAGCGUCGCGCCGGGAUUCUGCUAUGCCUGGCUGGAAAUCGUGGCGCACAGGGCCUUCGUCAACAGGGUGUUAGCCGUCACGCCGCAACAGAAGGGCUGGGGAAUGUAUUCGACGCUGCUUAUCGACCUUUUCAAGUUCCUCGAUCCGUUCCUACGUAAUACGGAACUGGCGACGCCCGUUAUGAUGCUAUACAAAGGAACUCUCAAAGUCUUACUCGUUUUACUUCACGAUUUUCCCGAGUUUCUGUGCGACUACCACUAUGGCUUCUGUGAUGAGAUACCGCCAAAUUGCAUCCAAAUGAGGAAUCUCAUCCUGUCAGCCUUCCCGAGGAACAUGCGGCUGCCCGAUCCUUUCACGCCGAAUUUGAAGGUGGAUCUGUUAGCCGAAAUCACUCUACCGCCACGUGCAGUUAUAAACUACGCUACAAUUAUACCGUCUUCGCAGUUUAAGAAGGAUCUGGACGCGUAUAUCAAGGCCAGAGCGCCUGUCACGUUCCUUUCGGAGCUGCGUAGUAACAUGCAGGUGGUGAAUGAGCCAGGCCGCAGAUACAACAGCCAGCUGAUGAACGCCGUGGUGCUGUACGUCGGCACUCAGGCUAUCGCUCACAUUAGAUCGAAGGGGCAGACCCCGAAUAUGUCAACUAUAGCCCAUUCAGCGCACAUGGAUAUUUUCCAAAACUUUACCGUAGACUUUGACUACGAAGGAAGGUACCUAUUCUUGAACGCGAUCGCAAACCAGCUGCGCUAUCCGAACAGCCACACUCAUUACUUCAGCUGUUGUCUGCUUUACUUGUUCGCGGAGGCGAACUCUGAGGCCGUUCAAGAACAGAUUACAAGGAUGCUGCUAGAGAGGUUGAUAGUGAACCGACCGCACCCGUGGGGUCUGCUGAUCACGUUCAUCGAACUAAUUAAGAAUCCGAUCUACAAGUUUUGGAGCCACGAGUUCGUACAUUGCGCGCCUGAGAUUGAAAAGCUGUUCGCGUCCGUGGCGCGUUCCUGCAUCGCUGAUAAGGCGGGAGGGGGGGAAAGGGAGCUGACCGAGUAGCGUCGAGCCCUUUGGGAGUCUGUCCGGCAAAAGCAAAUAUUUAAUUGCUUUGCCGAGAAAGGCUUCCAAGAGGGGCAGCAAAGAGAGGCGCCCCAGCAACCGCAACCUUCCACUUCUCAACCUGUAAAACACGUCUUACAAUGGAACAAAUUAUUCAAAAAGUAAAUUCAAUACUAAAUCCUUGCCCACACUCGGCUCCGCCGGAAGAAACGGACGGUAAACAGUGUGAUAAAGUGAUUAGUGACAGUGUGAAUCAAUAAAUUUGUGAAUAACAUUGAAUCGGUUGCUUCGAUAAGUGCUCAAAUAGACAUCUCAACGGAAUAGUGCUCGCUACAUGAUACACAACAUUACACACAUGAAAACGGUUACAAACAAACAUUGUAGACUCUUGAUCGAUCGAGUGGACCUAAAGUUACAAUUACAGUAUAUUUAAUAUUAAAUUCGGCUGCUAUUGAUGAGACGUUAGAACUUGAUGACGCUUUUAAUAUACAUGUUGCAAGAUAUAAUUGAAAAAUAUAACUGACUGGAACUGUUACAGGUGCCAGUGAUAUUUUUUAAUUUAUUAGCAAGAGUAAAAAGUGCUCGUGGCAAUGAAGCGGUCGAACGGUACAUUGAAAACUGAACUGUUGGACAUAAAGUACAAUGCGAAAUGUAAUGCAAUAUUGUCUCGUGAAGUUUCAAUAUAUAUAUCUAUCUAUCUGUUUGUAAAGGUUACUUAAUACUUAAACGUUUAAUAAAUAUGAACACCUUUUUAAAUUAUACGUGUAACACUUAAUGUAUAUUUUUAUAAUGUACUAUUUAAAUGAAAGUCGAUAGUAUGAAAAUUAUAAUGUAUUAAGUAUUAUGUUCAAUUUUGAGUAUAUAUAUACUCAAAAUUGAAUAUAUAUAUGCUUAAAAUUGAUAUGAAAUAAAAUAAUGCCGGUUUAAAUUUUAAUUAUAUGUAUUCCGUGUACUUUUUAUAUUUAGAAUACGAAGUAUGUCUGGUAAAUCUGUUGUAUCUGUCGAUUUCGCUAGACUUCCUUGUAACUAGAUGUUCCAGUUUCAGUCGCCAUUCGUAAUUUAAGUAUUGCAUAUAAUAGUUGUUGUGUACUGUGUGUAGGUUUCAGAUGAAAUUGUUGAGAUGCUAGGUAACAAUGUAUUUAAAAGUAAUUCAGGUAAAAAAUAAUAAUAAUAGUUUUAAUCGUGAAUUGUUUAUAAUCAUGGACGUUUUUGCACAGGCGAAGUGAUGUUGUCAUUGGGUUCGGUGAGGUCGACGGCGGCGCUGUCCCUAAUUAAAGUAAAUUACACUUUGUGAUAUAUUCUAGCGCGAUCAUCUAUUAUGAUCGAUAUAAUUUUAGCGUCCUUAUUUCUAGAACGUGGUCGCGUUGCUCGAGACCAAUAACUGUUAAUAUAUCGGUUUAACUGCGCACACUCUCGGCGUUACUGUAAGUCAAUAUAAUAUGUUUACUAUAAAUCUGCUCUCGCGGAUCUCUCUAUCCGGUCUCGUUAUAAAAAGCUGCAUAAAUUAAUAUAAAUGAGACCGGGUACAAAGUUUCAGAGAGGAUAUUUACUAUGGUGAUGAAACCAUGGUAUGUAUUAAUUAGUUGUCAAAAGUAAAAACGACUGACUAUAGUAAAUCGUGCAUUCUGAGCGUCAAAGACGCUCGCGUGUUGAAACUACGAACAGUACUAGUAACGAGUAAUGUUAGUUUUUAAAGUAAUAAUUAAUUUUAAGAUUUCGAAAGCAGUGCGCGGAUGUGAUCCUGUAAAUUAAUUUGUAUUGCCGAUUUCGUAGGAGUCUGGCUCGUUAAAGUUGUAACUUAAAAGUGAUUGUUUAAUAUGAUUUGUCAGUGUAAUUUAUAUGAGAAUGUGUACGUUUGGAGUUACCAUUUGCUAGACGGUGACCGUGCAUUGCUAUGUAAAGUGUUAGAUGUAACUUGGAUAUAAGUAAUUUAGGGAGAAUUAGUGUUAAUGUUAACGCUACAAUGUUCUGAGUAGGGAAUCCGAACCCGAUACUUUAAGGUAAUGUCUGGAUAUCCAAAGACUUUUAUAUUAUUUUAUAUUUAUCACAAAACAUUUAAUUUAAUAAUAAACUUCGAUAAAAAAAUACAAUUUAAACAUGGCCACUCUUCAAAAAUCAGUGUUAUUUUCGACUAUUAUUUUAAUGAAUUAAUAUUAAAAUGUUUAGUUUCACAAAUUUUAGUUAAAAUUUUAUUCCAUUUAUGUAAAAGAAUACGUAUUUAAAAAUGUAAAUAGUCUUUACAAAAACUUCCAUAAACAAGUUUGACUGACUUACCUUAUUUAUAUUCGUAUGAGAACUGAAGCUAUAUAAAUACGUAUGAUGAAAAAAUCGAAACUUCCUUUUUUAUAAACGACGCGGAGUCAUUUGUAUGACGUUGACUAGCAAAUGAUCGGGCACGUGUCUGAGAACAUAAGAGUUUGAACGUAAACAUCUACGGCCUUGCUUACAAACGUUGUUUAGCGGUGGUUUAGUCAAACACGGAUUUUUCUCUUUCCCUCGUCAUUAGUUUGACAUGAGAAAGAAGGAGACUAAACAUUGUUCAACUAAUCACGAACUAUUCACGCCCUGAACAACAUUUUUAAGUGAAGCCGUUAUUCAGUUACUUUAAUAAAAUUAAUGAUGACGAAUGUCAACUUCAUAAUAGUAGAGUUUUAAAGUAAUUUUAAUGUAAAUUUUAUCCGUUGACCAAUCAGCAAGCGCUGAAAUUUUUAAAGAUAUUGUACAUAAAUGGAUUUUAUAUUGUUUAGGGAGUCGAAGUAAAUUUGUGUUUAACUUGCACUCGCU